AUGAACCCCUUUACCCCAUUCUUAUCUUCUUAUAAUGAGCUAGCUGAGCGUUGGCAAAAGAUCCUUGGUUUCUUGAAAGGUAUGGAGGAAAGAGAGGUGGGAUCUCCAGAGGUUCUGAGGAUGAUAUGGGUGUUUAAACAGUCUUGCAAUGAGUUUCAGAGGUUUCAGGUUUGUCACUUACUUAACAUUGAAGAUGAAAAAGAUAAUGAGAAAAGACGACCAUACGUACUAAUUCUCCCAGGCCAAACUAGAUCAUUUUAGCGCCGAGUCUCCAUCCCAAGAUCCUGCAAGCCACCAUCAAGAACUACACUCUGACUUUAUCAAAAUUCGUGCUUUCUUUGCAGCUCUUGUGCAAAGUAUUCGCAACUACCACAAGUCUCGAGAAAUGGCCAAAGCAAGCUCUGCCCGUCCAGUCGAACCAUCUCGCAGAUCUGUCUCCUUUGCUGAUAAUCAAGAUACCAAAUCCGACAUCGCUCAGAUGGAAGGCGGUAGCAUCCUUAGAAGAAGUCCCAAAAAGCUCAUUAUCGCUUUUCCACAUCGACCGCAUCAAUCGAUAUCAGGAAAAGUUAGAAAGCCUCAUAUAGUUACAAGAAAGCAAGCUGAGUUGACUCUGGUCCUCCACAUCAGUAAGGAGUACCUCAGUUUGAAUGCACGACCUGAAAUCAAUAUGGAAGAGGAACUGCGACUUUGUGAGUAUAUCCGUGUUCCCAUCUUACCAUAUUUCAACUAAUUAGAGUUUCUUACCAUAAAAGCUGUUUUACGCUGCAAAAAGGUCGAGGAAGAUGAAGCGAGAAAGAAAGCAGCGGCAGCUGAAGAAGCAACUCGAGUGGCAGCAGCUGAACAAGAAGCAGCUCAACUUCAUCAAGAAGCACAACUUCAUCAAGAAGCUCAACUCCAUCAAGCAGCCAAUAAACCUCCAUUCGACUUUGAUAACCCCGCUACCUGGAAGAACUGCAAGCGAUCUAUUACUGAUGACGGUAUGCCUGUGUCAACGUCAAGAUCUCACGUCGCUGACAUGGAGGAAAUCAGACAAGCUCUAAUUACCACUACCACUGAGAUGUUCCACAUUGAUAAACUUAAAACCACAGCCUCCGCCAUCAAGGUCAAAGUUAGAAAUCAACUCCAUCUUGAACGGGAUUUCUUUAAGAAAAAUGGCUGGGCCGAAAGAGCCGAUAUGAUCAUUAUGAGGGCGUUUCAAGAGGCUUGGGUAAGUCUUCAGCCAAGCAGAGAAAGUCGUCCGCAGUACAUGAGAGGGCUCUGGACUACUAUUAACUGA